AUGCCUGCACGGCAUCUGUGCAGGUUCUCGUCCGCAGACCUUUUGCAGAUCGACAUUGAGGCCGGCAGCAUCGUAAUCGACCGCCACUCCUUUGAAAUCCGCUCCGGUGCGGCGGCAAAGCUGGACUCGGCCGUCGAUGCCGGCGAGUUUUAUGCAUUGUAUGGCCUUUUGCGACUUUUAAGCGGCCCCUAUCUGGUGCUGGUCUGCGGUGUUGAGGCGGCUGCGCGCAUCAACGGCCAUGUCAUCUACAGUGCCAGUGAUUUCGAGCUCAUGCCCGUAGCCAGCAAGACAACGGGGCUGGUCGUUGAGCAGCAACGGGCCGAAGAGCGGUGCUUGGAUCUGAUCCGCACAGUCUUGAAGCAGCGUGGCCUUUACUUUUCCUACACCUACGAUGUCACAUCGCCCUUCUCACAACAGAGCAAGUUUACUACCAACCGGGAUCUAUAUGACAUUGCCGACCGACGCUUCUUCUGCAACCGCCUCCUGCUUGAAGAUUUGCUCGAUGUGCCAGAGGCGCAAAGACACCGCAUCGGACUCACCCUCUGCACACGCCUGCAGGCCCAUCCGCUGUUGGUGCCCUUUGCGCAUGGCUUCUUUAGAAGCCAGGAGCUGACCUCGCUGAGCGGACAGGCCUAUACCUUUGCUCUCUUCUCACGCCGCAGCCUCGGGCGUAUCGGCACUCGCUUCCAUUCGCGUGGUGUCCGCAUUUCCGGCCAUUGCGCCAACCAUGUGGAGUCUGAGCAGGUGUUGGUGUGCGGUACGGCUGCAAGCUGUUUUGUACAAGUUCGUGGCUCUAUUCCUCUCUGCUGGUCACAGCCCCCAGAUCUGCGCUACAAGCCACCCUUUCGAAUGAGCGAGUAUGAUGACAGCAACUUGGCCUGCCAGCGUCACCUGAGCGACCUUUGCACUCGAUUUGGACCGUGCCUGUGCAUCAAUCUGGUCAACAAGACGGGCUCCGAAGGCAUCCUCGGGAGCCGUUUUCAAGACGUUCUGCAGAGCAUCGAACGGGCCCUCCCCAUCAAAUCAGAGUGGUUUGACUUUCACCACGAAUGCCGCAACAUGCAGUGGCAACACCUCGCCAAACUAAAAGCUUCCACCUCAAACUGGCGCCAGCAUCAGGGCAUAAGCACAAUGAGCCUAACGUCCGGCCGCUUGGCCCACAGGCAGAAGGGUGUCAUCCGAACCAACUGCAUUGAUGUGCUUGAUCGCACCAAUGUCGUUCAGACCAUGUUUGCACAAGAUGCACUUCUCUUGCAACUGCAGCAUCUGGCCGAGUUUCUCAAUUUGGCCCCAACCACAGCAACAGAGAGUGCGUUGGCAACUUCCUGGCCCGGGCUGUUGACAACUUUUCGAGGCACUUGGGCUGAUCAUGCCGAUGAGAUCAGCAUCCAGUACGCCGGUACACCGGCUCAAAAGUCAGAUUUCACACGCACCGGCAAGCGCACGCUGCGUGGCACGUUGCGGGACCUGUACCAUAGUGCCCUGCGUUAUUUUCACAACAAUUUCUUGGAUGGCGGCAAGCAAGAUGCGUUGCUUCUCCUGACGGGUCAAGUGCGCGUGCGCACUUCCAACGUGGAAACGAUUGCUAAAGCGCUCAAGGGCCCCACCCAUGCCUGGCAUGUCACGCUGAGUCGUGGAUCUCAUACGAGCGUCUCCAUGGGAUCCAAGCUCAUAGCACCCGGCACGGCCUCCAAACUGGCGCGCACGCACUCGACCAGUGAGAAGAGCAGCUUGUUGCCCACGACUCUCCCAUUGCCCACCAUUAGCUUGCUCUCUCCAACCUCUUCUCACUUGGAGGAGGUUGUGGCGGCGGACGGCAAGCGCGAUUGA